GUCAGCGCACAGUGGUUUCCUCGUUUGACAGCAGGGGCUUGUUUUACAGCACAAAACAACAAGGAUGAAGAUUCCUAUGGACGAUGCGGCAACAGAGAUAAUCGAGUUUAGCUGAAAGGCCAUCAGCUUUAUCUCUAUCUCCCGGUGUGCGCUCCGAAAUUAACGCCAGGCAAUUUGAAUAUCGACUCAACUGCAGAUGAAUGUCGGUGCCUUAGCUAAGUGCCCCUGCAUUUGUUGUUGUUAGCUGCUAAUGCUAACCAUAUAAGUUGCGAGCUAGCUGGCCUAGCAAGCUAAUAGUUAAAGCGAGGAACAGAUAAUUAGCCGCAUAUGUUUGAUUUACUUAAUGCUGUCCGACGAGUAAACUCGGCGUUGUGUAGCUGAUGGAGCCAGUUAACCUUGGCUUCAUUUGUUCAAGAACUGCAGCUUUGGUUAAGUCUUUAAAGUACCAACCGUAGUAGUUAGUUACCUAGCUAGUUAGCCUGCCAGUUAGCCACCACUAUCUUCGGAAGAAUGAGUAGAAAACACCGUCACUUUAAAGGAGCCGAAGUCAGCUGCUGCGUAAAAUACUUUUUAUUUGGAUUCAACAUUUUAUUCUGGUUACUAGGAGCUGCAUUCUUGGGCAUAGGCCUGUGGGCAUGGGCGGAGAAGGGCGUGCUGGCCAAUCUGUCAACCAUUACAGACCUAGGGGGCUUCGACCCUGUGUGGCUCUUCAUCGUCGUAGGAGGGGUCAUGUUCAUCCUGGGCUUUGCUGGCUGUAUUGGAGCACUCAGAGAGAACACUUCCCUGCUCAAAUUUUUUUCCGUGUUCCUGGGUUUGAUCUUCUUCUUGGAGCUCACUGCGGGGAUCCUUGCCUUCGUCUUUAAGGACUGGAUCAAAGACCAGCUCAACUUUUUUAUCAACAAUAAUGUCAAGGCCUACCGCGAUGACAUAGACUUGCAGAAUCUCAUUGACUUUGCCCAGGAAUAUUGGUCGUGCUGCGGAGCUCACGGGCCCGACGACUGGAACCUGAACAUCUACUUCAACUGCACUGACCUGAACCCCAGUAGGGAACGCUGUGGAGUCCCCUUCUCCUGCUGUGUCAAAGACCCGGCCGAGGAUGUGAUCAACACGCAGUGUGGUUAUGAUGUUCGGCUUCAAGGGGACCUGGACCGGCAGAAAUAUAUCCAUACCAAGGGCUGUGUGGGACAGUUCGAGAAAUGGCUUCAGGACAACCUUAUCAUUGUAGCUGGAAUCUUUGUUGGUAUUGCACUUUUGCAGAUUUUUGGUAUCUGCCUUGCUCAAAACCUGGUGAGUGAUGUCAAAGCUGUCAAAGCCAACUGGUGAUAGGAGAGCUGAAGUGAGGGAGACACCCUGCCCCUUAGGCCCAGCCAGGUCAACACAGCACACAAAGAGUCCUGCCCGGCUGAGGACGGAGAGCCGACAACCUUCAACGCUGUCUUCUUUGCCGUUGAGCUAAGCAGCACAUUCACACUCUCACACUUGCAUACGUGCAGACACAAAGAGUUUACUUCCCUGUUUAUCAGUGACACUUGAAUGAGGAAAAGAAUAUCCCACACAAACCAAACAGUCAACACUUUGUCUGCUGGGAUUUUAACCCAAAUAUACAGAGGACGGUCCUGCCUACUUCAUAGUUAGAUUCUUUUUUUUCUUUUUUUUCUUUUUCUGAUUUUUGUUCUUUGGACAAGUGUAUGUAUGGGGCGCAGUUGCACAAGAACUCCUGUCAACUGGGAGAUUGGAAGCCAUGGAUGAAACAAAACAAAAAAAGACAGUAAGUCAAGCGUUGCAUUGUCACAGAGCCUCUGUCCACUCAGCGAGGGAUUGAACACCUCCGCCUACAACAUGCUUGUCCCCACUUCCUUCUGUAGGGAAUCGUGGGUGGCUGGCCAGUCGGCUAACAAAUGCAUUGAUUCCUCUUGUGUGUCGUUUUUCUCUCCCAUGGUGACCUUUUUAUGACCGCUGAAAAGACUCUGAACACUGGCUGGUCAAAUCUGCAACUUCAAACCAUUUCAGGGGAUUUCAAUUCUAACUCAAAAUGUAAGAAGUGCCAUUAAUUUCCUGUGAUAUCUUUGUCUCCUUUCUGAUCUUUACAUGGAAUUUCUGCACCCCGCCCCACAAUACCUCAGGGCCUGGCCGAAAAGAUAUGCUUUCUGCCACCGGUUAAAAGCAUAUCUAUUUUUUUCCAUCCAUGUCUGUUGAAUUUAGAUGGACUAACUUAAUGCAGAAAACACUGACAGAUCCUCGAAAGUCACCCUGUUUGCCCUGCAGUGAUUGUAUUAUCCGUUGAUUUACUGAAGGAUGUUGUAUUGUAUUAUAUGGGAUGGCCUGGUGUGGUUAGGAUCGUAGGACUAGGCUAUACAGGGAAAUGGGUUUAAUGAUAGUUGAGAUUGUUUAUCUCUGAGCAUCCCUAAGGCACAUGGGAUUGCUGGUUUUGGGCCUUUUUUACUUGACUUAUGUUACCACAUUUGUCUUAUAUUUUGUCCUAUAUUGAAAUAAGAAUAUUUGUCUGUUUAUAGAUGUCCUUUAUUCAUCCUUUUAUUUCCUGUCCUUUCAUAGGCACACAUUUUCAUUCUGGGUUCAUUGUUUGACUUCACCAGGCACCCGUUUUACCUCUGACAGUCAACUGCGAAAUAGCUUCUUAUUGUUGACCAAAUAAUAUCAGCUGGCCACAAGCGAACUGCCAAGGUUUUGUCUGGCUACAAUUGUGAUUUUAUUAGGAAUGCCGGGAAAAAAGAAAUAGCAUUUCUAGAUAGCCAAAAUGUGAAUUUAUUGUCCCUUUUUAUGUGGGAAAUGCCAGUUGAAAUGAGAAGUCAAACGCAAAUUAAAAAUGUUUAUAAUAUCGCUUUUUUAUCUUUUAAUUUAAUGCCGCGUCUUUUGUUUGGACUGGUUUUUAAAUAGAAUAGUAAAAACACGCUGUUACCUUUUUCGAUAUUAGCAAAAGCCUCAAUAUAUAACAUGAAUGCUGCUUUAACGUUUAUUAGAUUAUUGAUAACAAGCUAACAACAAGUCUAACAUGAUGGCAUUUAAACAAUUUGCUAUGUUGUUAUUGUUUCCAGGCUGAGAAAAUAUUCUGAUUAUUUGUUCUUUCUCAAGUUUACAAUUUGUACUCAUGUCGACAUUUGUUGUUAAUUAUCCAAAAAAUACUUUUGGAUUCCAUCAUACAGUUAGUCGCCCUCACAGCUUGUCAUCUUCGUUCAUGAUCUUCGCGACACGAUAUCGUUUCUGAUCAUAUGACUGGGUUGACUUGAUACUUUUGUACAUUUCUGUCUGCAUUUGACCACUACAGUUGUUUCUGGUUGUAGCAGUAUCCUUCAGAUACACAGCAUAGGCAUGAUUUGGGUGGGGUUUACCAGGCCAUAUACAGACACACUCAGACCAACAACAAAAAGAAUGUCUUGGAUUGCAAUGCACAGAAGUUGAAAGAUGAGUAGCAUUAAUAUUCUGUGAGCAGUACACCAAAGCUGUUCCUGCUUCACGGAGUCUGUCUGUAGAAUAUAGAUAUGUAUUGGCUAUAUAUAUAUGGAGCUCGUUCAGUAACGGCACCUUAUGAUCUGCUGUGCUCACAUGUUGCUUUCACCCACAUGCUCCCUCUUCAAAACACUACCUGAUCUGACUGCACCGGUUUCAAAGCCUGUCAUUUUUAUGUAUUUUUACACACGGCUUGUUUUGAAAAAAGAGAAACGCAACACAAUUAUUUGAAUUUAGGUGUCAUGAAUGUGCAACUCGAAUAGAUCCAGAGGAGGAGCACAACGCAUCUUAUUGACUUCUCUCAGUUGAAAUGGGUGAGUUUGCAUAGGCGAGGCUCAUUCUUCUCAGCGCUGUAGUAAUCAGUGAGUUAGAGCCUCAAGCAAUGUGAGAAAACAGACAUUUUUUUUCCCACCCCUUUCAGAUCAAAUGUAGAAACAUUUACAGGAUAAAGCGCAACUUACAGCUGCCUGAUAUAACAUGAUUUCUCUCUGUUUAUUCUAAAUGUGUGUGUGUGUGGGCUUCUUUGAUUUCACUAACUGUUGUAUAUCAAUUUGUCCCCACCCAAGUCUAGAAGAUCAGGAUGAAACCAGUGUUUAUUUUCUCUCCAUACCUUUUCUAGCUUAAUCUUUUGAAAAGUAGGUUGAAACGGAUGAUGUGUGAUUAAUUAGUUCAACAAAUCUUUGAAGUUUUAACACUUUUCUUAAAUCACCCUUAAUUGGAAGUGUCUGCUCAGAGUCUUGGACACCCCUUUCCCCUCAUAACAAAAAAAAAACACAAACCCCUCUGCUUAUGCAUGCGAGACGAUUCUAUGUGGUACAUGAUAAAAUGGUGUGCUGCUGCCUUUUGAGUGAUUCUGAGGAUCUGGCUGAAGGCAGUUGGAUGCCACGGGGGUGUCAGUUCUGCUGCAGUACAGAGCUACAGCUCUUAAACAAAAAGCACUCCUGCUCUAUCUCUGCAGCCACCACUGUGUCUGGAUGGAUAUGCCAGUAAUCAGAUAGUAACCUUGGUAAUAAGGACAAUAAUGCCAUAAUAAUCUGUUAUAGCAGUGUGGCUUUAAUAUACAUAUACUCUACAAAGGUGACUUUCUGGAGUAUGUAUGUUUGUUUUUAACAGCGUUGGGUGAUUCUGGUUUUUGUAUUCUUGUAUUAAUGCAGGGGAAAGGAGGAGGGAGAAAACAAUGCUAAUUAUGCUUUGUCCUGUAUUGUAAUGGCCUUGCAUUAUGAAACGCCCUCUUAAUUUCUCUGCUGUCCCUGUGGGCAGUUAAAUCAUUCCCAAGGAGGAGCCUUACGCAUAGGAUGAAUGUAUAAGUCUGUAUCAGCACGGACCUACUGCUCCACGCUCAGUCAGACAUUCUUGGUCCCCUUGUACAGUGCUAUGCACAAGACAAGUGAAGCUUAGGAAUGUGAAAUAAAGUGUUGUCUUUACUUCUAGAUGUCAUUCUGUUAUUUUAUUUUUUUCUUUUUGUUUUUUAUUUGCUCUAGUGAGCAUGACAGCAGAUGAGCAUUCCAUUUCUUCUGUUUGCAGGUGUGUGUGCAGACCUUAUAUGCAAUCACAAAGAAUUGAAAUCAUCAGAAACAACCAGUUAAACCAUGUUUUAAUUCUCAAUCUCUUCUUCAGUAGCUUUAAACAAUGUGGAUGAUGAAGAUUUUGUCCAGGUUUUGAUAAUUCUUUGUUGAUUAUAAAACAUUUUGCUACAUGUGCAUUUAUGAAUGGUUUGACUUAACUUUAAAAAACAAAAAUCCUUUAUGCAUAUAAAUACAAAGUCAUUGUCACUAUCCUGUGAUUCUUUUCAAGCUUUGACAUCUGCUAAUGUCAUCAUUUCUCUGGAUUUCUUUUCUUACACAAGUGAGCAGCACAUGAGACAUUUGUAGGGCUGUACCGAAUAGUUCGAAGCUUCGUUCAUAACGUUGACCAGGCGGUUCUCAUGAACCAUUCGUACAUAUAGCUACGAAAAGUAACGCACUCUAACUCGUAUUCCACAUAUUUAUUGCUGCAUGGACUACAUUGACUGCAGCUGUAUAGGAGCGAUGUGGUCCACAGUAGAGGAUGGAUACCCGAGCCCAACGGGACCCAACGGGUAUGGACAGAUAUUUAGAAAUGAGGUUUGGGUUCGGGUCGGGCUCGGUCACAUCAGCGCGAUAAGACAUUGAACAUUUAAAAUUUAAAACCGCUUAUAAUGUAGGUAGCCAAUGGGCUACUGGGUUUUACUUGAUGCAAAGGUUCGUUUUUGUAAUUAAAAUAAAUUUAAAAUAUGAGAAAAAAAAAUGAGAUUUUAACUGUCGGGCUCUGACAUAAAUAUCUUAAUGCCUGUCGGGCUCGGGUCGGGUUUUUCGGACAGAAAAAUGCGGCCCGAGCCGCACUCUCGUCCACAGGGCUUUUAAGAGGGGGGUGGAGUUGUGUCCCUGGGGGAAAAAACAAGAUUUGCAUCGUAACACUUAACAUGCGUUCCCUGGGUGAAAGUCUUGUGUUUUCUAGGGGUACUAUGGGGACUGGUGUUUUAAUCCAAACCACACUCUUAUUUCUAAUCUGAACUAGUCGUUUUGGUGCCUAAACUAAACUGUCGCCGGCGCAUGACGAUCACCUUUUGUCGGCCCAACUCAACUGCAACUGCUUAAACAAGCGGACCUCACGGUGCUCGGUUCCCGGCUCACCGUAACAUUUUCUCAGCUAAAUGUAACUGUAAAGACAGCUUAUCGUAACUGGUUGUCACAUGAGUAGUUUGGUAGGUUAUCAUACCCAUUGUUGUGCAUACGUUUUCAUACGAUAUCGUUCAAACUCGAUCAUGAGAAUGCAAAUUCUAAAUGUAACCUUUGAAUGCUGCGCAGCUUUUUUGUUAGUUUUGCUUGUCUAUUCAUUCUGUUUAUGAAUGUCAUGUCUGCACAGUUGCAGAUAAAGAUGAGGCUACACUAAUAUUACGAGUGUUAUACUAUUUGUAGAAUUAGAUGCUAGUGGUGUCUGCGUCGGAUUGUUUGUUACUUGUGUGAUCCACACAUUUCCAGUAAUUCCAGAGCGUUGUUCCUGUCGUAGCAUAAUUUUGCUAUAAGCCUAAGGGUGCCUUAUUUCGUUGAAUUAGCCCGUUGCCUGACGAAACUGGUGUUAUAUUUAUUAAAGAAAGUUGAUUUAAUAAAAAAAAAGACUAAUCAUUUAAUCCAAUGAAUCCCUUUUAUUUAAAUUAAGGAUUUUGUUAGAGGAUUUUUUUUUUUUUAGGCCGAUGUCAUAAAAUAUGACAACAGACAUACAAAGCUUAAUUCCAAAACCUCAAUAGAAGCUUUGAAUCCAACAAAAACAUUAUAUUCGGUACAGCCCUAUUCACAAUCUUUGUGUGCAGACGCUGGUCUUGUCAGAGCACAGAGGAGCAGCAUAGUUGAAAAAAAUUAAACCGCAAUAUCGCAGUUGUUAGUACUGAUAUUUCCAUACCAGUUUGUGAUUUGAACAAGAAGACGCAAUCUGACUGGAACACAAAAGCGUUUUAAGUUGAAGAUGGGUUUACAGUUUUAGUAUUUAACGAUCUUUUAGCCACACAGAAACCACUAUGAAUAUCCAUUUGUUCAGCUGGGCAACAAGACCAGUUUUCUCAGUUUUACUUACAGUCUGUAAGUACAGUUUUUAGUUGUCUCGAUUUCAGCGUACAACAAAGAAAACCAUGUGAUCUAUCCAUUCUCUCAGUUUAGACCUGUCCACUCGGAUGGGUAGCCUUGUAAAGAAAUGUUGUAAAUGAAAACUGUGGGACAUUGUCUGUUACACUGUACAUUGUGUUAAAAUAUGCCUCUUUCAUAUAUUAAAGGAUUUAUGAUAA